UAUCUAUCAGCAAUUUCGUGGAUAUAAAAGUUAGUCAAAGGUUGAUCAGAAUCAUAUCAAUCAUUCGGUUCAAGCUUAACGCAACUCACAACCAACCAUCAGCAAUCAUGAAGUGCAUCGCAGCUGUAGUCAUGAUGGCCUGUGCCGUCGCUGCCAACGCCCAUUAUGUCCCAUCGGUCUACGCCCACCAUCAUGGACCAACCGUUGUCCAGUCCAACGAUUAUCACCAUGGAUGGACUGGCCAUCAUCAGGCACCAGUUGUGGCUUACAGCAACGGUCAUUGGGAUCAGUGGGCUCAUCAUGAUGUCCACCAUCAUCAGGUUCCAGCUGCCGUCAAUGUUGUCCCAGUUGCCUACAACAACUACGCCUGGGCCCAUCAGCACAACACUUGGGAUCAUCACAACCAUCAUGGUCAUGCCGUGGCCGUUGCUCCAGUCCAUCACUCGGCCAGCUACGUUGCCGCCAACCGAGGAGCUGUCCACAAGGCUCCACUUCCGGGACACAUCGUCAACCAGAAGUCCCUGAACUUGGCCCCAGCUCCAGGAACUCUGUAAAUUCUGUGAUAGAGGUAUUGUAGGCAAAAUGUU